AUGAAACCCCCGCCCCUUAAGAGGAGUAUCACCGCCCAAACAACGUCCUCAAAUGCAGGCAACACGUUUUCCUCCCGUGGUCAGAUCCACGUCAAGCUCAUCCAAGCCCGAGGAUUACGGGUACCCUCCCCGCAUUCGAAGCCUUACGUCGUAGUACAAUUUGAGCAGAAUGAGUUCGUCGGACGGGAUCCUAUCCCUGAGACAGAGAGGGAAGCAAAGGGCAUCGCGACGAAUUUGAGUAGAAAUAACUCAAGCACGGCGCUCGUGACGCUGGAACGGGCUGCUGGAAACUUGAGUCUACAACCACGGUCGAGGAAAGACACCAACUCCUCCAUUGGGUCUCAAAAGUCUUCCAACGGCCUGGGAGCAACCCUCUUCGGAACGGCCUCUCCAUAUAAUCCGGUCUGGAAGCACGAGGUAUCCUUUGAUGUGACCUCUGACGAAUCGUAUAUCUCCUUCAACGUGUACGACCGGUCGGUCGACCCGGAAGUGUUCCUGGGUGCUUUGGAUCUCAAGCCGGUCUUGAUCCAUGAGCAUACAGUGGAUCAAUGGUACAAGCUUCGUGCUCGUGAUGCGACCGAACAGGUAUCAGGGGAGAUUAGGAUACAGCUUCGAUAUGAGCAGCACAAAACGAAACACCAUUUGUCACCGCGUGACUUUGAGUUCAUGAAGUUAAUCGGCCGUGGAACCUUUGGGCGGGUGUUCCAGGUACGCAAGAAGGACACGAGGCGUAUUUAUGCCAUGAAGGUCCUUUCGAAGAAGGAGAUCGUCGCGAAGAAAGAAGUAGCGCACACUAUAGGCGAGCGCAAGAUUCUGCAACGAUCGCUGGAAUGCCCUUUCCUCGUUGGUCUCAAGUUCUCCUUCCAAACCGAGACCGACCUGUACCUCGUGACCGAUUUCAAGAGCGGUGGAGAACUGUUCUGGCAUUUGCAGAAAGAGACACGAUUCACCGAAGAGCGCGCGAGGUUCUACAUUGCCGAGCUUGUUCUUGCUCUGGAGCAUCUCCAUAAAUACAACAUAGUUUAUCGCGACUUGAAACCGGAAAACAUCCUCCUCGACGCCACCGGCCAUGUUGCCCUGUGCGAUUUUGGUCUAUCCAAGCCAGAUCUACCAGGAGACCAACUGACGAACACCUUCUGCGGUACCACGGAGUACCUCGCCCCUGAGGUGCUACUCGACGAUCACGGUUAUUCGAAGCUCGUCGACUUCUGGUCGCUGGGCGUGUUGCUCUUCGAGAUGUGCUGCGGCUGGAGCCCGUUCUACGCCGAGGACACCCAGCAGAUGUACAAAAACAUCUGUUUCGGAAAAAUAAGAUUCCCCCGCGGGGUCAUUUCCGAGGACGGCAAGCAAUUUGUCAAGGGGCUUCUGAACCGCAACCCGAAGCAUCGUCUCGGUGCUUUGAGGGACGCCGCGGAGCUCAAGGAGCACCCAUUCUUCCACGGGAUUGACUGGAUCCUUCUUGCACAGAAGAAGAUCACCCCUCCUUUCAAGCCUAACGUCGAGUCUGACGAGUCUACAGCCAACUUUGAUCCUGAGUUCACCUCUGCGGAUCUUGCCGAAGUUGGUAUCGACAUCUAUGAUACCGAAGAUACUUCGGAUGAUUGGACAAGGCAAGGAACCAAUGGGCAGAAGACGUUCAACGGCCCGCAAGGCACUCAGGCAAAACAACGACCGAUGAAUAUCUCCGGGCAGAAGCCUCAGAACCUCAAACAGGGCAGCCCCUUAACUAGCUCGGUGCAGGAUAACUUCAAGGGUUUCACCUAUACUGGCGACAGCGUCCUUCAGAAUGCCUCGAGCUUCCUUGAAGCCCGUGACAUUCACAUUGAGGACGACGAAGCUCUAAGCGAUGAAGAGGUCGAAAGGUCUGAAGAUGAGCUGAAUGAAGAAGUGGCCGCUGGCCGUAAUGCACGAAGGCGGGCGAACGACCGCAUGGACGUCGAUCCUUGAUCGCUACAUCCAAUCCUUUCCAACACCUCGACUUGGCCUUCACCAAUGCUAACUCCCAAGUCUCGAUAUCCGAUCUGUUUCUCCAACCUAACGUUCGACAUUAUAAUUAUCCUCCCAAUUGACCUGAGCCGCUUUCGGUUCAGCGUCC